ACUGAGGACAAGUCGCUCAGUUAGUGCAAAGUGCCUGAGCUGGUGAGUUGGAUAGAUAAUGUUAGAUACCAUCAAAGAAAUCCUGGACUGCAGGUUUAUAAAGGCUUUUAGUCAGUCUUCUCAAACAACGUGCAACACACAAGGAAACAAUAAUGCGUCCCCAAAAGAUGGUGUUCAGUGGCGCGGCAACAGGACCAGCAACGGCCAAUGUAACGGAGCAACCUGCGGCCUCCGGUUCAAUGGGUUCGGGGGCGACGCCGAAAACGGCGGCGGCUUCAAUGGCUCUGAAGACUCAGCCGCAGCAGGGCCGGACCAGCUGGAGGGGCCGGGCUCAAUUGAGAAUGACACUAUUCACCUCAAGAGACGGGUGGGACUCGUCAGUGGGGUGGCUUUAAUUGUCGGGACGAUGAUAGGUUCCGGAAUUUUCGUUUCCCCGUCGGGUCUGUUGGAGAGAACCGGAUCAAUCGGGAUGAGCUUUGUGAUAUGGAUGGCGUGUGGGUUGCUAUCACUGCUAGGCGCCCUUUCCUAUGCCGAAUUGGGCACCAUGAACACGUCGUCUGGGGCGGAAUAUGCCUAUUUUAUGGACGCUUUCGGCGCACCACCUGCAUUCUUAUUCUCUUGGGCUAGCACACUAGUUUUGAAACCGUCACAAAUGGCGAUCAUCUGUCUAAGUUUCGGAAAAUAUGCCGUCGAAGCUUUCGUGACUGAAUGCGAACCUCCUGAAAUUGUCGUGAAAAUGGUUGCUCUACUGGCUGUUGUCGUGAUUUUAUACGUGAACUGCUACAGCGUCAAUCUGGCCACCAGUGUUCAAAACGUCUUCACCGCAGCCAAGCUCGUCGCAGUACUUAUUGUAAUAGCAGGAGGGACUUACAAGAUGUUUGAAGGUAAUACUCAGCACCUACGGGAGCCUUUCAGGGGCACUCAGUACUCCGUGGGGAACAUUGCAACGGCCUUUUAUACGGGCCUAUGGGCGUACGAUGGCUGGAACAACCUAAACUACGUAACAGAAGAAAUAAAGAAUCCUUCACGCAACUUGCCAAGAAGUAUAAUCAUUGGAAUUCCAUUGGUAACAAUCUGUUACGCCUUGAUCAAUGUGUCGUACUUAACAGUAAUGUCACCGAUGGAAAUGAUUACAAGUGAAGCAGUUGCUGUAACCUUUGGGAACAGACUGUUGGGUGUGAUGGCUUGGUUGAUGCCUCUGUCCGUCACUAUUUCUACUUUUGGCUCGGCUAAUGGUACGCUUUUCGCCGCGGGUCGGCUAUGUUUCGCUGCAAGUCGUGAAGGACAUCUACUGGAUAUUCUGUCGUACGUCCACAUUCGUAGAUAUACACCAGCUCCGGGUCUAAUUUUCCACUCUUUGAUAGCGGCUGCUAUGGUACUUUACGGUACUAUCGACUCACUCAUAGAUUUCUUUAGUUUCACGGCAUGGAUAUUUUAUGGGGGUGCGAUGGUGGCUCUGAUCGUGAUGCGAUACACUAAACCGAACUACCCAAGGCCCUACAAGGUGCCAAUCAUCAUUCCUUAUUUGGUCUUAGUGAUCUCGUUCUACCUGAUAAUAGGUCCCAUAAUAGACAAACCUACCAUUGAGUACCUGUAUGCAGCUCUGUUCAUUUUGGGUGGGAUGAUUUUUUACGUUCCGUUUGUACAUUACAAAAUGCGCAUACCAUUUAUGGACGGAGUGACUGUCUUCUUGCAAAUGAUAUUUGAAGUGGCACCAACAUCAACAAUGUUGGAAUAAAUAGAGGAAGCUCAAAUCAAAUUUAUAUAUUUGUAGUUUGUAGCUGAUCAUGGUUACAGGCAAAUCAGUUGGUUUCAUCUAUACAAGUUUAUUCUGUUAUAAUGUGCUUAAUGUAACUUAAAAAUGUCUAGAUGGAACUAGAAAAUUGUAAAUGUGAAAUAGACAAAAUAUUGCACGGAUCAUUCCUAACCAUCGGAUAUUUCAUGGGGUGCAACGUGAAUAUCCAUAUUUGUUUAAUAAAUAGGUUCAAAUAAAAUUAGUGUAAAGCAAUAAUAAAGUUUAGAGUGAAACGUAA